AUGCAGCGGUGGCCAGUGGUGCUCUUCCUGGCCUGGGUUUGCUUUCUCUUUUUUGCCGGCAUCGGGCUCUUCAUGAGCGGCUUCCUGCUCACCCGGAUCGAGCUCGCCAGCAGCAGCUCCUGCUCCGACCCGCUUGUGCCGCCGCCCUGGGAGGGGCAGAGCCUCCCGCCGGGCUCCUGCUGGGCGCCCCAGCGCUUCUCCAAGGCCGUGCUCGUCAUCAUCGACGCCCUGCGCUUCGAGUUCGCCCGCUUCGACCCCGGCAAGGCCAGCCCUCUGCCCUACGAGAACAAGCUAGGGGUGUUGCACCACCUGGCCACCUCCCAGCCCCGGCACGCCCGGCUCUACCGCUUCCGGGCCGACCCCCCCACCGCCACCAUGCAGCGCAUCAAGGGCCUCACCACCGGGUCACUGCCCACCUUCAUCGACGUGGGCAGCAACUUUGCCUCCUACGCCAUCCAGGAGGACAACCUGCUGGCACAGCUGGUGCAGAACGGAAGGAGAGUCGUCUUCAUGGGUGAUGACACAUGGGAAGGACUCUUCCCGAAGAAGUUUUUCCGCUCAUAUUUCUUCCCUUCUUUUAACGUGAAGGAUCUUCACACUGUGGAUGAUGGGAUCCUGCAGCAUCUCUAUCCAACUGUGGACAGUGGAGAAUGGGACAUGCUAAUUGCUCACUUCCUUGGAGUGGACCACUGUGGGCACAAACACGGACCUGACCACCCCGAGAUGGCCAAGAAGCUCACCCAGAUGAAUGAGAUGCUCAGGUCCUUGGUGGAUCACCUGGGGAAUGACACCCUUCUUCUGGUGGCUGGGGACCAUGGCAUGACAGAGACUGGAGACCACGGUGGCGACAGUGAGAAGGAAGUGAAUGCAGCACUGUUUGUGUACAGUAGGACACCCCUGUUUGGCAGUGGCCCUCCAGAGGAGCCUGAGACCAUUCCCCAGGUGAACCUGGUGCCCACUGUGGCCCUGCUGCUGGGUGUGCCCAUCCCCUACAGCAACAUUGGGGAGGUGAUGGCUGAGCUGUUCUCCGGGGACGGUGACACUGUGUCUGCAGCCUUGCAGCAGCUCUCGGUCUAUCACAUCAACGCCAAGCAGGUGGAUCGCUUCCUGCACUCCUACUCGCUGGUGGCUCAGGACCUGCCGGCAGAGCAGCUCCAGCACCUGCAGGAACUUUUCUCCAGCACCGUGGAGGAGCACACUCAGCUCUUGGCCGAGGUGCAGGGAACAACGCUGGUGCCUCCGGAGCUGGAGUCCAGGCUGGGAAGCCUCAUUGGUCGCUUCCAGCUCUACCUGCGGGAGGCACGGGCUGUGUGCACCCAGUCCUGGGCCCGCUUCCAUCCCCUGCGUAUGGUGGGGGGCUGCAUCCUUGUUGCGGCUUCCUGCUUGCUCUGCUACAUGGCCUCAGAGUUGGCCACAUCCUCGGACUCCUUCUAUCGCAGCUGCCUGCUGUACCCGCUGCUCUGGGGCCUCAUGGGGGCUGCUCUGCUUGGGCUGGCCCACAUUUUCACCCAGGAGGGGCUGGACCUUCUCCUGGUGUUGUCAUGGGCAGCCGCUGCUUCUCAGAUGGGAUUUUUCUGGCACUGGUGGGUCCAGCAUCCCAAGAGGGCCCGUUUGGUGGGCAGUCAGCCACCCUUGGCCAGCAGUGGCCUGAGGCAGAGGCUGCGAACAUGGCUGGGGCUGGCCUUUCCCAUGGGCAUCCUGUUCUUCCGCUGUGGAGCCAUGUUCUCCGACAGCUUUGUCGUGGCUGAGGCGCAGGUGGCCCCGUUCCUGCUGGCCUCACUGGUCAUGUUGCUGGUAGGGAAGCUCCACUGGGACGGUCACCUGACUGUGCCAGAAAGCCCCAAGCAGCAGCUCCUUGGCUUUUCCUCUUACCGGAAGGAUAUCUGGUACUUGCUGUGCCUCGUGGCCGUGCUCCUGGUCUGCGUGCGCCUCUCCGGUUUCUUCCACCAGUGCCGUGAAGAAAUUCCUCAGUGCCGGCCCUCUCUUUUCCUCUCCCCCCUUGCCAGCCUGAGAAACACACGGGCCAAGAACCUCUUCUACCUCCUGUGCGUGGCCUUGCUGGCCGGGCUAGUGUAUGCAGUGCGGAGCUGGCUGCGGCACUACGGCAACCUGAACAGCUCGGACCCCCUCGUGCUCUUUGUGCGCUGGGGCUUCCCACUGGUGGUGCUCUGCAUUGCCUGCUACUGGGCUGUGGCCUCCAGCACUGACGACUCCCUGGGCAAGCUGCAGGAGCUGGUGCAGGUGGCAGUUGUUGCCUUUCCGUGGGCUGUCUAUGGACUGGCGUCUGUGGGACUGCUGCUCCUGCUGUGCAAUCCCAUGACAGUGUUUGCAAAGGACACACGGGAGUCAGCAGGAUCCAUUGUCACUCCCUACCUGGGGGUUCCCAGCUCCGAAGUCGACUUCCUCCACGUCAUCCCUCAGAUCUACAAGAGGAUGCAGGAGUCCCAGAAGAGCCGGCUGGAGCGAGGCAGCUGCAGGGCCACGGUCGCAGCAUAUGGGCUGGGCAGUGUGUACUCGGCAGCCCUGGUCAUUGCCCUCACCCUCCUGGGCUUCCUCCUGAUGCUCCUGCACAGCGAACGCCUGAGCUUUGCCUUCCUGCUCCUCUUCCUGGAGGCCUUUGUGCUGCUGCACAUCCACACGUGUGCCAGAGGCCUUGCUGGAGAUGCUGAGCCUUUUUCUGUGCCCUGGUAUGCAGUCAUCUCCUGGCUUCUUGCUGCUUCCCAGUUCUUCUAUUCCACAGGCCACCAACCCAUCUUCCCAGCCAUCCACUGGAAUGCGGCCUUUGUUGGCUUCCACCUUGACCACAGCACGAACCUCCUGCCUGCUGUCCUGGUGGGCGCCAACACCUUUGCCUCCCAUAUCCUCUUUGCAGUUGGCUGCCCCCUGCUCCUGCUCUGGCCCUUUGUGUGUGAGAUGCCCAACUCACAGAGGAAGAAGCCCAAGAAGGAGUCACGUGAGGAGCUGCAGGAGGUGGAGGAGCACAUGAUGGAGAUGAGGCUGCGGGAAUCUCCAGAGAAGUUCUCUGUUGCACUGUUGCAGCUGGGGCUGAAGUACCUCUUUGUGCUUGGGACACAGCUUCUGGCCUGUGUUUGUGCAGCUAUGAUCCUCAGGAGGCACCUCAUGGUCUGGAAGGUCUUUGCCCCCAAGUUCCUCUUCGAGUCGCUGGGCUUCGUGGUGAGCAGCAUCUGCCUCUUGCUGGGGAUCUCCCUGGUGAUGCGUGUGGACUGUGCCGUCAGCACCUGGUUCAGCCAGCUCCGGCUCAGGUAGCGCCGGAGACAUGGGGAUCCUGACCUGCUCGUCGGCCCAGGCUGUGGUUGUCCCCUUGGCUCCCUCGGGCUGGGAGGGAUACAUGAGCCGCCAGCAAUGAGUGCCUGCCGGCAGCAGUCGGGGAUUAUCCCCUGCUUCCUGCCUCUGCGCUGUAGAAAAGGACCGGAGUCAACUGUUCCUCGCUCGUGGCGGGGGUGUUUCUCAGCAGGGGAGGUCAGAGCUCUUGCUGGGCCUUUGCUGGCAGCAGGAGGACUCUGCUGCAGGAGCCCAAGACACAAAGAGUCCUGGAGCGCUCCUCUGGAGAAACACCAAUGGGGAUCUUGCUGCUGCUUUCCUGACAACUGUCUCCACUGUGCAGCUGGAAGGCUUCAGUGGCCAACAGGAUGUCACGUUGCCUGUGCAAAGACUCAUAGGAUGGGGCCUGCUGAGGAGGGAAGAGAAGGUGGGAAGGAGAGGGAAUGUCCCACAGCCACGUGUUUAGUUUUCACACUGGAAUCAAAGUGUAAGUGAUUACAUGUGCAGAUGGCUCCCAGGGCCUCGGUGGCAGCUGCUCCUCUGUAAAGUCAGUCAGUUGCUCUGUAGUGAGGCCUUUCCUACACUCACUCCUGUUUUCCUGGUGCUUCUCAGCCCUAUGAAGGGCAGUGGAGAGCACUCUGGGCUAUCUUGUACAGCCUGAAGAGGGCUUAGCUUGGGGCAGUGGUAGCAGGGAGAACUGUGUCCAUGACCAAGAAGCUCUCCACUUGUGUUCUCAGCCUGUCAGGGUUCCUGUGGGCUAGGUGGUAGCAGCAAAGGCUCCUCAUCUCUUCCUAAGUGUGUGCUGCUGAAUGCUGGCUGUUAAUUGUGAAUGGUUAAGAUAGAGAGGACGUAGUGACAGAAUAUGGGCUCACCCCCAUAUUGGGCCUGGCCAGGAGGAAAGAGGAGCCCAGAGUAGCUGUCCCAACUGCAGGAGUGGCCUUGGUGUGAGCUCCAGUGCCUGGGAACAGCUGCUUGAAAGCCCUGAGCAGGCACCAGUUCUUGAAGGAGGUGGUUUAAUUCACUGGUGUCUGUGUAUGUGCUUGGGCUUAUGGGCUCUAGGCACUGCAGCCAGUUGCAUCCAUCAUCCUGUGUUUGGUACUUCUCUCCCUCUUGGCCUUGGCAUUCUCUAUGGGACUUCAUGCCACAAGUGAGCUACCCCAAACUGCCCUUGGCUGCAUGGUGUUUCUUUAUGGGCACAGGUAGAGGACAGUGACCAUGUGUCAUGGUUUGAGAUAGCCCCAAAAUCCAAUUCCCUAGCUCCAUUCCCCCUCCCACAUCUCAACCACUACACCAUGGCAUGUGGCCACAUCCCAGCCGAGUUCCUCCUGCAGUUUUCAUUGGAGCUGGGAUUCCUUACUGCCCUGAACCACUGUGUGGCAUUACUUGGUGCUAUGAAACCUUUUGUCUCUUUUCCCUCUGGAAAGAGCUGAGGACUGCUUGCCUGGGAUUUUUGUAUUGAUGUUUGUCUGAUCCCAUUAAUUUUUAACUCAUGCACCAUGACUGCCCCUGUUUGAAUUCCUUACUGCAGACUGUUAGUGUAACUCCAGGCUCUUCCUCUCCUCUGCCCUGGAAAGUCCCAGGGAAAAUGUCUUGUCACCUCUCUCAUCAUUUGAGUUUUUGCCAUUUUUCCCAAGUGUCCAGUUGCUGUGGAAAAUGGCUCUUUAGGGCAGGUUGAGUUUUGUAUUUUACCCCUGCAAAAUGCCUGCUCAGUUGUUAGGGUGCAGUUCCAGCAAGGUUUAAACAGCUCUAAUUUUGGGUUUCCAUUGCCUGACCUGCUCCUGAGCUGCUGGCUGUGCUCUCCUGUGUCAGCCUCUCCUUUGCCCUGCUCUGCGAGCCUGUCCUGCUCAAUUUCACCUGACUGAGCCAGGGACUGGUCUGUAGCUGGCAUUGCUCCCUUGGCUGCCUCACUGCCUGGAUGCAUGACACUGAUACUAGGAACAGGCAAGGGGUACAGGCAAGGGAACAGGCAGCAUAGUGGGGGAAGCUGGAAGCUGCAGAAACACAUCAGCCCACAGUUAGAUGGGUUUAGGCAAUCCCACCCUCAGGAGUAGGUUAUUUGCUGUAAACUGUGACUCCUUGGCCAUAUGUUCUCUCUGCUGAGGGGCGAGGGGUACAUCCAUAUGCAGAGGAGGAAGGGGGUGGAGGCAGCAGCUACCCAGUGUUCAUUUAAUGUGAAGUUAGUCUGGAUAACAUGUUGCUAAACCCCAAGGCUGGAGCCCAAAUAGGUCAUCUUGUGACCUUGUAACCUGGUCAGGAGCUUGCUGCCCUGAGUGUAUUUGUGCUGGCAGGAAUCCUUAUGGUCACUGAUAGUGUAGAACUGGCCCCUGACGUCCCUGCCGCUGCCACCCAGGCCCCUGGGCUCCCAUCUCUGGGACUAGUUCCUCUUUCACCGGCCACUCCAAGGCAGCUGAGCCUUUCCAUGCCCAUUGUUCAUGGCUGGAAUACUCACAGGGUGCUUGGGCAUCCUCUUUCAUCCCUCCAUGUGGCUGUGGGCUCAUGUUCCCAGGACACCAGGGAGAGCAGAGGGAACAGCAGAGCGCUGUAGUGUCACUGAAGCACACACACUUAACAGAGACUAAACAAAACUUGCAGUAACAGAGCUGCAGGUACAUUCCUGUUACUGCAGAGAUGCCACGGAGUGCUGGCUGCUUGGCCACGACAGACUGGCUGCUACACCAAAGAUUUCAGGUUCACGAAGACAAGUUUUCCAAGGGCUGGAGAUGCUCUUGCUUCCCUUCACUGACUCUCUUAGUCUUUUGUCAGCCUUCCCCAGCUGCCCUCGAGCUGAUUGAUGGUCUGCCAUUCUCCUGAGCCUGCUGGGGAUUACAUAGUUAAUGCCGGUCCAGGGCUUGGCAACCUUGGAAGCAGAGCAUGCUGCUGAUGCUUGAGCAGACAGGGCUGAUUUAAGACCAGAAGAGGAAGCUGCCUGCUGGUCCAAACCAGGGCUCUUUGGGAAACCUGGCAUGCUGGGGAGUAGGCUCUGCCCCACAUCCUUUCAAAGAGCCUGCUCCUGUCAUAGGAGCCUGCUCGUCUCUCCUGGAGGAGUUAUUCCAAGUGGUUUGUUUCUAGUCCCUAUGUCCCUUGGCUGAGCAUGACAGGGGACAGAGUGCUCAGCGGAGUAGUUUCCAUCCUGCACUCCACAAUCCUGCUGCACUUUGGGCUUUGCAUGCGUUGUGCGUGUGUUCCUUGGCAGGGGAGAGCUCUGUUGGGAAACUUCCCUGGCUCAGGCCCAUGGUGGACAGUGUGUCCCAUGGUCCUGGCACAGGUCAGGGAUUGAACUGUGUCUUUUUUGCGCUGCUUGGAAAACGGUGACCGAAAGCCACUACCACUGUGAAGAGUUGGAGGUGUUGGGAGCAUCCCACUGCUCUGAUCUGUGGUGCUGACAUGGUCCCAAGGGAUGGCACUGCUUUGGGGAGGCCAGGGCUCUAUUCCUACACCCGUUCCUCUGUCCCAUCUCUGUUCUUCCCUCAACACUUCAGGCUGCUUUUUUAUGCCAAGGCACAGUCCCAGUCUCAGUGUGCAUGUUCCCCUUUCCCCUUGGGAAGCAGCAGUGCCAGUGUGUGGGGAACAGGGCUGGGGGGUGCUGCUCUCUCCUCUGAACCCUGACUCGACAUGCAACAUGGCUUGGAGCAAGAUUGUUUUAUUUUUUAUUAACCUCUGUGUGCCUCAGUCCCUCAUUUGGGGAAAAAAAUAAAAGGGGAUGGACCCAGUUGUGGAAAGCGUCCUGGGAGCUCUGCAUGCAGCGUGGUGCUACACUUUCCUGGGUAUCUACACAUCUGGCUGUCAACGCUUUCAUUCACAUCCAGCAGCUACACCUGGAAGGUGGAAGCGAUGCUUGAGUCUCUGCUGGGAGGCAGAGCCUUUUUUCUUCCAAAAACCCCUCCAAAACAGGCAAGCGGGCAGCGCUCCUUCGCUCGGCAACUGCAGCCCUUGUGAUGGGUGUCCCACAUCCAGCAGUGCUGGGUGCGGCACCACCGACUGCGGGGGGCACCCAGGGAGGGGUCACUCCGUUAAUAAAUGAUUUAAUUAAUUAAUUAAGUGGGGAGUGGGGGAAGUGUGCGUAGAGAUUUGCUGUCCGAGGGUGGCACGGGGCUCUGGGCGGCUGUGAAACUGAUGAUGUCUGCAAAUAAAACUGUGAGAGCCAA